AUGGCAGCAUGGAGUACGACGGUGUGGUGUGUUGCGCUGUGGUGUUGUGGGCUGGUCCUGGUGUGUCCGGUCCGGGCGGCACCGAUUGCACCUGCGACGGAGGAGUUGAACAGCGCGCUAGAUCCGGUACAGUGGAAGGAAGCCAUCGGUGAGGACGUGCACCGGACCAAGCGCAAGUUCCGACCGGAGGAGUGGGCUGCUGCUAACGCCAUCUUGGAUUUGUUGGAGCAGCUGAAGAAUAUUCGGAACUCCCCAGUGCGGCGAAUACCACCGACAACAACAACGACAACAACAUCAACAACAACGACAACAACUCCACCACCUAGCAUAAGUCCAGUGCCACAGAUCAAACCACGUGUGGACAGAAGCUCGCGUCAGGAUGAGGAUGAUGUGCCGCAGUUUAACCCGGACGGUACGAUCAUGUUGCAGCUGCCGGGGAAGCUGUUCGGUAAUGCGACCAACUUUGUGCUGGCGGCGGCCAAGAUGUUCGGGGACUUUAUCACGAACACGGCAAUACGCACGGCCAGGUUUAUGAAGCUAUUCCAACCGAUUGCUGGUCGCCAUUUGUUCAUUCAAAUACCGACACCGAGCCCGCCCGGUGCGGACAACUGA